GCAGCGCGCCGCGGGUGAGAGAGAGAGAGGAGAGAGAGUGUGUGUGUUGGUGCUGAAGCGGAUCUGUGCCGGUGGGGCUGUGUGUAAGCGCCGGAGCCCGGGCUGUGUGUUGGAUAUCUGAGGUGUGUGACUGCGGAGGCUCGGCACGCUCAGGAUGGUCACCAUUCCGGAGUACUACACGGGGAAGAACGUGCUGAUCACUGGAGCCACGGGCUUUAUGGGCAAAGUGCUGCUGGAGAAGCUGCUGCGCUCGUGUCCCAACAUCAGGGAAGCCUACGUGCUCGUGCGGCCCAAAGCGGGCCAGUCUCCGAGCGCUCGCAUCGCAGACAUGAUCAACUGCAGGCUUUUUGACAGAUUAAGAGAAGAGCAGCCGGAUUUUGCGGAGAAGAUCGUGGCGGUGAACAGCGACCUGACGCAGCCGGAGUUAGACCUCAGCAAAGAAGACCGGGACACGCUGAAAGAGCGCAUCAACGUGGUCUUCCACUGCGCUGCUACUGUCCGCUUCAACGAGCCGCUGAAAGAUGCCAUGCAGCUGAACGUGCUGGCCACACAGAAGAUGUUGAGUCUGGCCCACGGGAUGAAGCACCUGGAGGUGUUUAUUCACAUCUCCACAGCAUACGCUCACUGUGACCGAGAGCUCAUCGAGGAGAUCGUCUAUCCACCACCCGUAGACUACAGGAAGCUCAUUGACACACUGGAGUGGAUGGACGAUAAGCUGGUCAGUCUGAUGACUCCGAAGCUGCUCGGUGAGCGACCCAACACGUACACGUACACCAAAGCCCUGGCCGAGUACCUGGUGCAGCAGGAGUGUGGGAACCUUAACGUGGCCAUCGUCCGGCCUUCUAUAGUAGGAGCCAGCUGGAAGGAGCCCUUCCCUGGCUGGAUAGAUAAUUUCAAUGGACCGAGUGGAAUAUUCAUUGCUGCAGGGAAAGGCAUCCUACGCACCAUGAGAGCCUCUAACAGCGCUGUAGCUGACCUCGUGCCAGUCGACGUGGUCAUAAACACGACUCUGGCUGCCGCUUGGUACUCAGGCUCACAGAAACACGCCAGGCCAAAAAGUUUGUUGGUGUACAACUGCACAACCGGCACAAUCAACCCCUUUCACUGGGGUGAAGUUGAAUACCAUGUUAUAUCCACUUUCAAGAGGAACCCCCUCGAGCAAGCUUUCAGGCGGCCCAAUGUAAAUCUCACAUCCAAUCAUCUAAUCAAUCAGUACUGGAUUGCUGUGAGCCACAAGGCACCAGCAUUCCUCUAUGAUCUCUUCCUCAGGAUAACAGGACGGGAGCCCAGGAUGAUGAAGACGAUCACGCGCCUUCACAAGGCCAUGAUGGUGCUGGAAUACUUCACCAGCCACUCGUGGGUGUGGAACACGGACAACGUCACCAUGCUCAUGAACCAGCUGGGAGCUGAGGACAGGAAGGUGUUUAACUUUGACGUCAGACAGUUACACUGGGCCGAAUAUAUGGAGAACUACUGCAUGGGCACGAAGCAGUAUGUGCUGAACGAGGAGUUAUCAGGCCUGCCUGCUGCACGCAAACAUCUCAACAAGUUGCGAAACAUCCGCUACACCUUCAACACCGUCCUGGUGAUCCUGAUCUGGCGUGUCUUCAUCGCACGUUCGCAGAUGGCGCGCAACAUCUGGUACUUCGUGGUCAGCCUGUGCUUCAAGUUCCUGUCCUACUUCAGGGCAUCCAGCACCAUGAGAUACUGAACCUCGUCCUGUCUUUCUCUCGUCUUCUCUCUCUCUCUCUCUCUCUCUCUUUUCUACAACAGCUAUGCAUACGCUCCAGCUCUGACCUCCAGAGCGCCCCCGCUAGGGUCAGAUCCCAAUGACUGCUUUGUAGAAAGCACGGCGCGACAGGGUUCGAAGACCACUGUAAAUGAUUCUCUGUUACAGUUUACAGAUGUCCGUGAUUCGUUUCCCGAAUCGAGCGCGAGACGGGACGAUAGGGGCACGAUGGCUAGUUCACUGCUCGGUGCCUAUUUCCUGUUUUACGAUCUGCUCAGUCAGUGCUUUAGAUGACCUCGCUUGGUUCGUCAGCAUUCUAUUUUUCUUCCUUAACUUAUUUAUGACUAAAAUUUAUUUUAAAAAAGGUUGUUGUUGCGCUAACAGUCGCUAGGUUAUGCAAGUCGUGGCUUUUUCAGGUGGACUAGCACAUUAACGGUAAAGGUGUUUUGCUUUCGCACUGAAACACACAUUGUUAGUAAUUUUUUUCCCCUUUAAGAAUGAUGCAGGAAGCUCGACCUGACUAUAGCACAAACGUUCUUGAUGAUUUUUUUUUUUUUUAAUUCCACCAAACACAACUUAUAGUUCAGGUUUAAUCUUUUAAAUAUGUAAAUAAUUAGAUUUAUGGCUUAAUCAUGCGUGUUUUGCUCAGCGCUGUGAAUACGAGUGUGAUUUUUCAUAAGAUUAUUCCACCUAUGGAGGCUCGGUUCACAUCCCAGACUCAUCUGAAUGUUAAAAUGACUGACUUAUUCAUGUAAAGCAGUUAUGGGUUUUCUAAAUCAUUAGUGGUUAUGAUUUACGGUUUAGAUGGCACUCUGAUUACCAAGCCUUACCUUACCAAGCAUUUCUAGAGUUAGGGGCUACUUAUUUAUGACAGAAAUAGACUUCAGGAACUCGAGUUUAUAACGUGCUCCGCUUACAGCCGCUUCAUGUUACUCUGUCGUUUCUCGGCGGCUCGGCUCACGUUUCUCCGAAUGGAAGUCGGUCACGGCGGCGCACACGCCGCAAUGUCGCGCUCGCUGAACGUGCGAGGAGCUCUCAGUGCUUUCUGUGGUGUGAAAGUGAAGCUCCUGUUUAUAUCCCUGCUGUUUGGGGAAUGUUUUUGAAAGCAGCAGCUGGGAAAACAGUCGAAUAGUCCUACUGAGCUCGAGAGGAAUUUCACCCGGAUAUACAGAGAUAUAGGACACACAGUAGGGUGCCAUUACUUUGCAAAACAGUUCCGAAAAGCUAUUAUCAGCAUCCAGGUACUUUUUUAAGUGACGCCUAUGCAGCUAAUACCAAAGCUUCAUUUUACAGCAGGAACAGACCCAAAUUAAAAAAAAAAAAAAAGACAUGCAAUAAAAAGUGUAGAGAUUAGUGCAGAGAAAUAAACGUGUGUGUGUGAGAGAGAGAGAUCUCAGUUUCAUGGUCGCAAAAGAGAUGCAAAUAUUCCAUCUUUGUUUCCAGAGCGUUUCAUAAAACACAUGUUGCUACUUUUUAAAUUAUAUUCAAAUAUUCAAAAGCUGAAUUGAAUAUAAUUUGAAUAUUCGAAUAUAAUUUGAAUAUUCAAUAUUUUUUCGCCCCGGGCUCGAUCCAGUGCGUCCAGUGCUGUACUGUUUAUGAUUUGCGUAUACACUGACAAAAAUUUCAGCAUUUAAUGAGAAAACAAACCAAAAAAAAAAUCAUGUAUAAGUAAUAAAACACUUCAGGAUAUGCGGUUAUUUAACAAUUAUUCGCUGAAGGCGAAGUGAAUAUUAACCGAGACAAAGUCGAGUUGCUGUGGUAUGAGAGAAAAAAAAAAUUUCCGAGCGUCUCAGACGUGUUUCAGGAAAAUAAUCGACUUUGUUUAUUUAUAUUUUAUUUCUUAUUCCACACACCUGCGCUGUCGGUCCAUGUUUUAGGCGUAGUGUCGGUUUAAAUAAACAUUUUUGAGUGCUUCAUCUUUAUAAAAUGAUGCACAAACCCUUUAAGGAAGCCUUUCUUUAUAUAUAUAUAUAUAUAUAUAUAUAUAUAUAUAUAUAUAUAUAUACACAAUACCAGUCAAAAGUUUGUACACCCCUACUCUGCUCAUUCAUAGGUCGACUUUGUCUCGGUUAUCUCAUCUCAUCUCAUCUCAUUAUCUCUCACCGCUUUAUCCUGUCCU